GUUUCAGUGAACCUUCUCGUUCGCCUCCCCCUUACGAGAAACCCUAACCCUCGCAUCCCUCGUCCUCCUUCCGAGGCGGCGAGGAGCGGCCAUGGCGGCGACGCGGGUGCUCUCGCAGAAGGAGCAGGACAUCCAGAUGAUGCUCGCUGCCGACGUCCACCUCGGCACCAAGAACUGCGACUACCAGAUGGAGCGCUACGUCUUCAAGCGGAGGACCGAUGGAAUUUACAUUAUCAACCUUGGGAAAACUUGGGAGAAACUCCAACUGGCAGCUAGGGUUAUUGUUGCCAUUGAGAACCCCCAGGAUAUCAUUGUCCAAUCAGCAAGGCCGUACGGUCAAAGAGCUGUCUUGAAGUUUGCACAGUACACUGGCGUCCACCCUAUUGCCGGAAGGCACACUCCCGGAACCUUCACUAAUCAGCUGCAAACUUCCUUUUGCGAGCCUCGCCUUCUUGUUCUCACUGAUCCUAGGACUGACCAUCAGCCAAUCAAGGAAUCUGCCUUGGGGAAUAUUCCCACCAUUGCUUUCUGUGACACUGAUUCUCCAAUGCGAUAUGUUGAUAUCGGAAUUCCCGCAAAUAAUAAAGGAAGGAACAGUAUUGGCUGCUUAUACUGGCUGUUGGCGAGGAUGGUUCUGCAGAUGAGGGGUACCAUUCUUCCUGGACGUAAAUGGGAGGUGAUGGUUGAUCUGUUCUUCUACAGAGACCCUGAGGAAGCCAAGGAACAGGAAGAGGAGGAGGCUCCUGUUGCACCUGAAUACGGCGCAGUUGCUGAUUACACUGGCGUGGGGGCUGCUGAUCAGUGGGCUUCCGACCAGUGGACUUCCGAAGUGGGAGCUGUUCCUCCAGCUGUUCCUCCUGUGGCUGGUGUUGAAUGGGCUGCUGCUCAAGUAACAGCUCCGGUGGCUGGUGAUGGAUGGGACACCUCUGCGGCCCCGGUGGCGACCGACGGCGUUGUGGCGCCUAUUGUUCCAUCCGGUUGGGAGGCCGCUCCGCCUGCACCUACAGGAUGGGAGUAAGGAGGGGGAGGGUUGUUUUCGUAGGGAACGGAUGAGUUUAACUUGAGAUAUAGAGCAGUUGCUUUCUGAGAAGACUUUUUGAGAACGAGUUUUUGGAGAUUCUGUUCAGUAGUCUUGUUAUUGUAUUUCUGAGAACCAGGAUACCUACUAUAUCUGUGCUGGUAUUUUAUGCUGGUUUUCGUAUUUUUCUUCAGCUUUCUUUUAAAACAUGGAUUGUAGCCAGAUUUUUCAUGCAGUUGAAGUGUACUAUGAUGAUAAACUAUUUAUUUUUAAACCGAAAUUACUCGGGAAAAAAAGCCCUUAUCGUAGAAUAA